UCACUGAACGACACUAAAAUCAGAACCGCGUGCAAGUAAAAAAUCUUAGAAAUAAUGAUGAACAUAAGUAAAAGUGGACAUAUAAUACGCUUUAUAAAGUUCUGGAUGCAGAAUCUGUAAAUUUUUAAUCGACUUUGUGUAAAUUAUCAGUAAUAUUUGUACGCAAAAGCAUCAUAUGACAGCAACUCAGUACUAUCUGUGAAUUUUAACGCAACUACAGAGAUGUACAUAAAUACAUCUGCAUACAUACAUAAAUGUAUGUUAACAGAAAUGUUCCUGAUAUAUUUUAGAUCAUUAACAUAAGCAUUAAAUAAGAUUGAUUUUUCCUGCAUGAAUCAUAUGCACAGGCAUAUAUACAGAUUCAUAUGGUGAAUAAUCCCAUAUACAUUUUGUUAGCAUAUACAUACAUACAUACGUUUAUAUUUGUAAGUGUAUGUACUUCAGAUAUAUACGUUGAUCAAGCACCUCCAAAGAUACAAUUUUAAGUCGAUCUAGAUCUAUAACCACAUAGGCAUGCUUUUGCAUGCGUCGUUGUGAAUAUGCCAUUGAUCGCUGUUCGACGAAAAAUGAGCUUGAAAUGUAUAAUCAAUUAUCUGUUAGCUAUUGAACCUGAAGCCGCUUCUAUAAUCGCCCAAUACAAAAAAACCGACCGCAAACACAGACUUAUUUUCCCAAAGUGGCAUGUGAACACUAUUGAACUUUCAAAAUCAUUUAUAAAAGCAACCGCAAUCCUUGAUACUGCAUGUCAAAGCUGCGGAAAAUCUUUGUAAGGUUGUUGUGCUUACAAACGCAAUAAAGUCUCGACGACACACAAGCUUUGAUUACAAUACUUGGCAUUCUCAGCUGCUUGGGACAGUCAACACAAUACGUUUAUCCCUGGGAUUUUAAUAUCGUAAUGAAUUCAGUUAAAGGUGCUACAAAGAAGCAGCAGGAGACAAAUUGGGUAUUAAAGAGAAAGCUGCUCAAACGGUGCUACAGUUUGUCAGCAGUGUCAAAGUCAGUUGACUGGUGGACUGGCGUCAGCGUCCUGCCCAGCGGGACAAGGAUAAACUUGGACAUUUUGCAGAAGGAUUACGUUAAGCAGUUCUUCUUUGAAAAGCGUGUUGGAAGCGGAGGAGCGUACGAGAUUUCAAAACAAUAUCGGUUGUCCAGCGCCUUCUCGAACUUUGGAUGAUUAAAGAGGAUUUGGGGUAUCAGCCUGGCAGCGUACACCCAUCCUUAUAAGCUCACAUGUUCACAUAGAUAACAUCUUCAGUUGGCUGUCUGACAAAGAAAUCGCAAGAAAUCGCGAUUAAAAUUUUCAGAGCUCAAUAAUUGGCGAUCCAACAUCAACGUCUAUCCUUUCCUUUUCCAUUGACCAGUUUAUCGGACAAACGAAAAUGUCAUCAGUCAGAUUCUAUAGGAUUUCAUGUUGCAUCACAGUGAUUGAUUGUGAAACGCAACAGUUUCGUAGCUGACAUUACAGCCACAUAUUAUAUCAGCGCAUUGCAAAUUAAGUUCUGAAUUACCGAGUUCUUUCCUCGUUGAAAACAUGUCUGUUAGUCAAAGUGAAGACGCAGACAUCGCAGCCUCUCGUCCAGAGACGCUGCACUUGCAAUCUAUGUCAAACGCCACUGUAAACUCGGGAGAGCCGGAUUUGGAGACAGAGGAAUAUUAUCCCUUUUCACGAAUUGCUACCAAAAACAAUCGCUUAAAGCUUAAUUGGUGGCAUUCACCCACACAACCUCAAGAUGUGGAAGCAGCAUUCUUGCAGCCUGAGAGAAGGGAGCAAAGAGGACAUGGACAUGCAAAUAUAAUAAAUGCUGUGGAUAAUAAUAAUACCGUAGUUCAUGGCUGCCUUAACACGCCAACAAAGUUAGUUUCCGUCCUUCAACGAAGUCAGCCCGAUCGAGAUCAGAAACUGCUCACAGGCGAUACAAAAAACGAGACUCCCUUUGAUCCGGGCGUUGAAGAAUUUAACAUGAAGGACUCUCAACGACUUGUCUAUGAUCCGAAACCAUGCAAUGGUCUAUUAAAUCAAGACCAGGAAGACCAGAUGAACUUAUCCGGAUAUCGGCGCUGUUAUGUUCGCAGUGUUCUCUGCUGGGUCUGCAUUGUCCUCACUGGAGGUCUACUGCGACUCGUGCUACACUGGUGGCGCCAUUGGUAUUUGUUCGCCACCUGCCAUCAGUGCCCCCUAGAUGAGGCAGAUCAGGUAUUGAUAGUAGAAGACUAUCAAGGCAAGCACAAGCUGUAUCACGUGAAGAGCGUUCGCGUUUUAAAUAUAAAUCACCUGAAGUCAUUAUUACUAAAAGGAUAUCCAAAAAGUAGUGAAGUCGAGGAUAAUAAUUUGCAAAUCUCAGUGCAUUUUACAUCAGCCCAGUUCAAAAAUUGUUCGUCCAUUCGGAUAUUCCGGUGCAAGCAAUUGGUAUAUGCGUGGGAUAGCACACUGAAUUGCUUUAAUAAAGUGAAUGGCCUCGACCUUAACGUGCCUUGUUCAUACUACCAUCAGCAGCGUGGCUUAACAGUGAAUGAGCAGCUAUCCAGGCGCAUAGUUUUUGGUGAAAAUGAGAUAACUGUGCCAUUGCGAGAUGUCAAAACGUUACUCUUCCUCGAAGUGCUCAACCCGUUCUAUGUGUUUCAAAUAUUCUCGGUUGUCCUGUGGUUUACCUACGACUAUUACUAUUAUGCUUGUGUUAUCCUCUUAAUGUCUAUCUUUGGAAUAACCAUGUCCAUUUUGCAAACGAAAAAGAAUCAAGAUGUACUUCAAAAAACAGUGCACAAUACUGGGAAUGCUUUGGUUUUGGACUCAAAGGGUGUUUCCAAAGAGUUUCCAACCCAAACUCUUGUACCGGGGGAUAUAAUUGAAAUACCUUCAUCAGGAUGUACAAUGCAGUGUGAUGCAGUAUUAUUAUCAGGCAACUGUAUUCUGGAUGAAUCGAUGCUUACGGGCGAAAGUGUUCCGGUAACAAAAACUCCGUUGCCUCCGAAACGUGAUAUGAUUUUUGACAAGAAAGAACAUGCCAGACACAUACUCUUUUGUGGAACAAAGGUUAUUCAGACGAGGUAUAUUGGAUCUAAAAAAGUAUUGGCAUUCGUAAUUAACACCGGUAACAUAACGGCAAAAGGAGAACUAAUUCGAUCCAUUCUUUAUCCUCCACCUGUGGACUAUAAGUUUGAACAAGAUUCAUAUAAAUUUAUUCAGUUCUUGGCAUUAAUUGCUUGUGUUGGAUUUAUUUACACACUAAUAACAAAGAUAAUGCGGGGAACGGAUCCGGUAAAAAUAGCAGUUGAAUCUCUGGACCUAAUUACUAUUGUUGUACCUCCCGCCCUCCCAGCUGCAAUGACAGUCGGUCGCUUUUAUGCACAGAAGCGUUUAAAGGCUAACGACAUCUUUUGUAUCUCUCCACGGUCUAUUAACGUGGCAGGAAGCAUUAAUUGCUGUUGCUUUGAUAAGACUGGUACCUUAACGGAGGAUGGGCUGGAUAUGUGGGGGGUGGUCCCUAAGUCGUCCACUAACCAAUUUCAAAUACCCUUUAAGAACGUGAAUCGUCUGCCAUAUGAUCACUUUCUUUUUGGCAUGGUAACGUGUCACUCGAUUACUGUACUGAAUGGUACGAUGAUGGGUGACCCACUGGAUCUUAAAAUGUUCCAGUCAACGGGGUGGAUACUUGAGGAUUCUUCAGAUAUACCGGAUAAUGAGAAAUAUGGGCUUAUUUAUCCAACCAUUCUGCGCCAACCAAAAGACUCUUCUAAUACUUCGUCACAUACUAAAACAGGGAUUCGACGACAGUCAUCAGUGGAUGAUUUAUUGGCUAAUGUUGGCCUUUCGCAAACCCAGAAAAGCUUUGAUCAUGGGAUUGUACGAGAAUUCCCAUUUACCUCAAGUCUUCAGAGAAUGUCGGUCAUCACUCGUUGUCUCAGCGCACAAGGAUUUAAUGUAUACUGUAAAGGCUCUCCGGAAAUGUUACAACAGCUGUGCAGACCUCAGAGCCUACCAGAUAACUAUUCUCAACAGUUGUCGACUUUCGCCAAAAAGGGAUACCGAAUUAUAGCCUUGGCAUUCAAAUCUCUCGCACCCAAGAUUAAUUAUACAAAAGUUCAGCGAUUUUCCCGCGAGGAAGUUGAACUUAAUCUGGAGUUCCUUGGCUUUGUUAUCUUAGAGAACCGACUCAAGCCCGAUACUACAACAGUAAUCCAUGCACUAAACGCAGCCAAGAUAAGGACGAUAAUGGUGACUGGAGACAAUAUUUUAACUGCCACGAGUGUUGCACGGGACUGUGGCAUAGUGUCUCCUUCACAAGCGGUAAUUACGGUGCAUGCCGAUCCAGUUGAUGUGGUUGCAGUUACACAAACACAUGCUCACAGUAGUCAAACUAGUCCUGGUGAUACAAAAUGCGCGUCCGAACAAUAUCGACAUAGGCAAUACAAACUUCAGUACACACUGGACUUGGGGAGCAGGAACACUACGUCAUCUCAAUGGAAAUCUAAUUGCAAUGGAAACACUGUAACACAAGAUAGUAACUUAAGUGGCAAUUGUCCACCAACGCUUUACCGGUUGAUGUCUACAAAUUCGUUAGCUAAUGGGUCGAACACUAGUUAUGCCGAAAGCAUUUUUCCCAACAGUGAUAGCUUGGCUAGUGUAAAAACCGUGGACACAUGGACCCACAACGAGGCGAUUGAAGUCGACGUUGAGCUCGGAACGGAAUUCACUCAAGACGAUAACUGGAAGCGCCAUUAUAUAUUUGCAAUGGAUGGUAAAACGUGGCAAAUUAUAAAGGAACAAUUUCCUGAGGAACUAGGAAUUCUUUUAACGCGUGGAGCUAUUUACGCCCGUAUGUCGCCCGAGCAAAAGCAAGCACUGGUUAUGGAACUUCAAAAAUUGGAUUACUGCGUGGCCAUGUGCGGUGAUGGUGCCAAUGAUUGCGGUGCACUGAAGGUGGCACAUGCUGGUAUUUCGUUAAGUGAGACCGAGUCGUCAAUUGCCUCACCGUUCACUUCGCGCAAUCCCACGAUUGCGGCUGUUCCAAAUGUUAUAAAGGAAGGUCGAGCUGCUUUAGUCACAUCGUUUGGCAUUUUUAAGUAUAUGGCUGCAUAUUCGCUGGUACAAUUCAUAUCUGUGAUGAUACUGUACUCGAUCGACUCGAAUCUAACAGACAAACAGUAUCUUUAUGUUGACCUAGGCUUGAUAUCAAUAUUUGCAUUUUUCUUUGGUAAAACUGAAGCUUUUGAUGGACACCUUGUAAAGCAGGUACCGCUUAGUUCGCUGAUAUCUCCCACGCCAUUGGCGUCGCUCUUAUUGCAUCUAGUCGUGGUGACGGUGUUCCAGGUAGUUGGUUGGUUUCAGCUGCAGCAACAGCCUUGGUUUCAGCCGUUUAAAUCAUCAGAUGAGAAUCACCUAGGUUGCUAUGAGAACUACACCAUGUUUUCAAUAUCCAGUUUUCAGUAUAUUAUACUCGCUUUUGUAUAUUCGAAGGGUGCUCCUUAUCGGAAACCCUUGUGGUCCAAUUGGCCACUAUGCUUAACAUUUAUUGUAAACUGUGUCAUCAUAGUCUAUUUGGUUGUGUACCCAAGCGAGUGGGUAGCUAAUUUUUUUCAACUGGUUGUGCCUCCAGUGAUGAGUUUUCGAUAUGUAAUGCUUAUUUACGGAGCUGCAGCCUUUGUUAUUCAUGUAUUUGUGGAGUCUUUUCUUGUAGAAUAUCUAGUAUUCAAAAAAUAUCAAGUGCGGCGUGACCAAAGCUGGACUACAUCGAAGCAACAACACAUGCGCCUGGAGUAUAAUAUUACCACAAAUGAUAACUGGCCUCCUAUAACUGAAGUAUACGAGCCCCACGAGUCCACUGAUUGGGAAGGAGGGCCAACAUAUGUUAGCUUGUGCGCUGAGCAAAGCCUUGAUACCCAACACAACACCUUCCUAGGAUUUUUUGAUUCAUCAGAUAAUAAUGCUCAUAAUAUAAAACAACCUCCAUCUACCCCUUCUGUAGAACAGUAACGUUUAAGUCAUAUGAAAUUGUACAAAAUCCAAAUAGUUAAUCAUCCUUCUUUGUAAAUAAUUGUGUUUGAAUACAAAAAUUAAAAUAGGAAUACAUAUAUUAAUAGGUGACUAAUUAUAGUUGUGUUCGUAGUAGGGAAUUUAUUAUAAGCUACUUUUUUGUCAUAUCUUUUUCAUACAUGCAGAGUUUGUUCUUAUAUUCGAAGUUGUGAAAAUGUACGGCGAUGCUAUAUAUGCAUAUAUAUAUAGUUUGUAAUAUAUACUACCUCUGAUUUCGGCCGGAAAAAGCACAUUACCAGAUAAUUCUAUUUGUUUUAUAAUAAGUAUUAUAUAUAGAUGAUUUCAUGGAUUAGAUACGCUUCGAUUGAUUGAAUAAAAUCGUUAUGAAUUUA